ACCUGAACACCUCCGACACCGAGACUGAACUUGACGUUCCCUCACUACCUUCAGUUUCGGAGGCAAGCCUGAAAUAAUCGAGCAUGAAUCUGAAGUGAGACGGAAGCAUUUUGGAAGUCGAAGAAUAGUCAAUAUUAAACCUGAUGCUGUCAUGGACGUUCCGGCACGUGUUUUAAUAGGAUUUGCGAACAUGAUGUCCAUCAUGAGAUUUUUACUGUACUUCAUUUAAGAUGUGAUUAUUUGGAUGAAUUUAUAUUCAUAAUGUUGCUAUAAACAAACCCGUUUAGAAGCAAAAGAAGAUAACUAUAUAUAUUUGGAUUCUUGGACAUUUGAAGUGGAGAUAUGGCUCACGUUCUUGUCCUUGUUAACUCAGUCGGACUGUUGCUCUUCGUUAGUGAAAUGUUUCUGGUGGGAGCAAACCGUCCACCUGCUCCAGUUAAUGUCUCAGUUAUGCACCUGAGAGCUGAUUCAGCAACCGUGUCCUGGGAGGUGCCUGAGGGUGACAUCAUCAUCGGCUUUUCCAUCUCUCAACAGAGAAUGGACGGCAAAAUGCAGAGGUUUAUCAGGGAGGUGAACACCACCAGCAGAUCCUGUGUGCUGUGGGACCUGGAGGAGGAGACGGAUUACAUUAUCCAGGUGCAAUCCAUCGGCCUGUACGGAGAGAGUCAGGCCAGCAAACGUGUCCACUUCAGAACCCUGAAGAAAACGGACCGCUUCCCCUCAAACAGUUCGAACCAAGAUGACCCGACUGUCCAAGGCCUGGAUAAAGCUCGGCACUUGCAGACAGGAGAGAUGAUCAUCAUUGUGGUGGUGCUUCUUAUGUGGGCAGCUGUAAUUGCCUUGUUUUGCCGGCAGUAUGACAUAAUAAAGGACAACGAUUCCAGCAACAGCAAAGAGAAGGUAAAACCAUCCUCAGAGAGAACCACACCAGAGCACCACAGCGGAGGUCUGCUGCAGAGCAAGUUCCACCAGUCUGUGGCAUCUAUCAGCAUCAUUGAGGUGUGAUGGGAGUAUCGUAGACAUCAGUCACGCCCUCCGUUGCACCACCCGCAGUAUCUGAAUGACAGUGUGUCGACCCUUUCAUCACCACACGGUCAAAAAUCCAUCACCCAUAUACACAUAUUAAAGCAAUCUACUGGGACUGUAAAUAACAUAUAUUGCAUAUAUGACUGGAUGUCUAUAUUUUAUGAUGGAUGGAGAAUUCCCAAACCUCUUACUGCAAUAUAACAAGACUAAAUCUGGAUUUUUUUCUCUUGUAUAGAAUAGGAAGGAAAGUGUAUUUUUGUAAUGGUAUUGGUGAAGUAUGACAGGGUUUCUACUAUUUAAUUAGCGUGUGUUUUGUUUGUGCAUGCAACUCUCAUGGUCUGAUAGGAUGUGUACAGAAGCAGGUCUUUAAAUUAAAGCAAUAGUUCACCCAAAAAUUAAUCCAAAGCCUUGUAAGAU